CUAUUAAAUCAUUUAAUCUAUUUUUAUACUCAAAUUUUUUUUUGCAACAAUAUAAUGUCAGAAAUUAAAUCUUCUAAAAGAUCUUCACUGACUUGUCCUAAUUGCGGAUCUGCAGAUAUUGACACAGAACCAUCACGAGGUGAUUCGGUAUGUAUUAAUUGUGGAUCUGUUGUUGAAGAUACUCUCAUUGUAUCAGAAAUAGGCUUUCAAGAAGAUAAUCAUGGCGGGAUUUCAGCAAUAGGGACUUUUAUUAAUGAAGAUGGUAUUAUACAUACUUCUUCUCGCUCUCGUAAUUCAAACAGUUUUGCUACUGCUCUCCUCAAUCCUUCCUCCAUGUCAGCCGACAACGCUCACGGUAAUGAUGCUAAUAAUCAAACCUCAGCCAAGCCCAAUUUCGUAUCGUUAUCAGGCUCCACUCAACAUACCUUAACCAGGGCCAGAUCCGAUCUCACGCGACUGGCGGCAAGACUCAAAAUCAAUAGCACGUGUCUCGAAACGGCGCUUAAUUUCUACAAAUUGGCUCUGUUUAAAGGUUUCAUGAGAGGCCGUCGCCAAGCUAUGAUAUAUGGAGCCCUGCUCUACUUGGUAUGUCGUCUCGAAAAUACAAGCCAUCUCUUGUUAGACUUUUCGGAUGCUUUAACAGUUUCAGUUUACGAUUUGGGUAAAUAUUACCUAAAACUAUCGGCCGAGUUAUGCAUCAACGCUCCCGUAACUGACCCGGCACUUUACAUACCACGAUUCGCUCAAAAGCUGGAAUUAGGUAAAAAAACACACGAAGUUGUCAUGACCUCACUGAGGCUCAUAUCUAGAAUGAAAAAGGAUUGGUUACACGCCGGCAGAAGGCCUUCAGGCCUCUGUGGGGCCGCCCUCCUGGUUGCCGCCCGCUUGCAUAAUUUUAAUCGCACAACACGCCAAUUGGUAAAUAUUGUUAGGGUUAGGGAAACCACACUCAAAAAGAGGUUAAAAGAAUUUGCAGCGACUCCCUCUGCUUCACUAUCUUUGACCGAAUUUUUUGAAAUUGAUUUAGAAGAAGAAUGUGAUCCCCCUUCAUUUGCUAAAUCAAAAGCUAACUCCAAAACUCAGUUUUUGGAUAAUUUAAAGUUUGCCGAGGUAUCGAAAGAGAUAAAAUCUUUACAGCAACAAAUCGAAGAAGAGUUGACCGAACUUAGAGUUAAUAAGAAAAAUAGGAGAACUUCUUUCAAGUCCAAUCAGUCAUCGGUAGAUAGCUGCAAUGACAUUCCUUCUGUUAAUCAAAAUGACGACAUGAUAUCCACCUUCGAUGAAACAUCAGCGGCCUACGAACUCAUAAAUACGCAAAUUAUAGGGAAUCUCAUCAAAGCGCAAGACAACGAACCCAAAAAUAUAAAUUCCGAAGAUCAAAAUGAGCCAAAUGGUGAAAAUAACCAGGAUAUUAGUGAUCAUAUUAAUAGUGAAACCGAUGAAGAUACCUUCAAAAUGGCAGAGAGUCAAACGUCUGAUCUAAUUAAGAAUAAUGAAAAUAAACUUCUGAAUAGUGGUGGAAAAGUUUUAGGAUUGAAAUACCUGCCCACUAUUGAAAGUUUAGAUCUAAUUUCGACUAGGGGAGAUGAUAGAUCACAAUUUGUAAAUCCAUUUGAAAAAUCGUUGAAUAGUGGAGAUAUAGCAGAAGUAGAACCUGAAUUAAACGACCCCCAAUCCAUUGUAAAGGAAGACGAACAAGAUCUAUUAGACCUGACUGGUAUAGAUGACGAAGAAUUAGAUGGUUUAUUGAUGUCUCCCGAUGAAGUCAUUUUAAGGACCCUCAUUUGGGAGAACGAAUACGGCGAAUUCAUGAAACAAAGAGAAGCUAAGCAAGCUAGCAUCAAUUCCAUCCAGACAACUGUUACCUCGGAAUUAAAAUUAUCAAAAGAUGUUAAGAACAUUUUAUCGGCUGCAGGUAACCUCAAGCCCGGAGCUGAAGCCGGGCAGAGGAUAUUCAGAGGCAAAAAAGUCAGUAGCAAAAUCAAUUACGACGUUUUAAAGGGCCUGGGUUUCAAGGGAUCCCAUCUUGCCGACCGUACUCUGUGGAAUACCAUAGAAGCUUUGAAAGACGCGGAGUCUAAGGAGGAAGUGAGUGAAAUAAAUUCCAUAUGCACAAAAGAAACAUUAUUAGCCCUGAAAAAUGACGAUAAUAACGAGAUCAUAGAGGAUUAUUUACAAAACUCCAUCCUUGCUAAUAAAAGGAAAGAGGAUGAUGACGUAAAUAAGGUAGAAAACGUCAAGGAUAGUUGUUACACGUCUAAUUUGAAUGUUUGUGGGGAUAGUGAUUUUAAGCGAAAGCUCGAUGCCGAUGAUUACCUAUUCGUCGAUUUCAAGAAAUCACAUGACAAUGAUGCUAAACAUAAACCCUAUAAAAAUACAUGUAAUCAAAACACAAAGCACGCCGAAGCUGCCGAGGAUGUUGUCAUGAUAGAUGAGCGCAUGUCUAAAAAAAAGGAAAUAUUAUCUUUGGAGGACAAAUCUGUGAUGUUGAUAGAGGAGGAAGAGGAAGACGAAGAAUUGUUAUCGGAAGAUGAGCACCAGAUCAACCCUAGUAUGUUGAGCGCGGCUCAACUCCUCGCACAAAUGAGAGGUGAUGAUGGGGAAUACGAUCAUUUCGAUGGCCAAGACAUUGAUUAUUGAACAUUUUUUAAACCUCCAGAAUAUUCCUUAUAUCGGGGUCCAAUAUACAGACCAUGUUCUAAGAAUUUUGCGAAAUAUGCUUCCAAUCAAAAAAAAAUAGACAAAUUAUUAUAAUUUAUAUAUUACACUAUUUAAUGACCAUGUUUUAGAAUGAAAGACUUUCUUGAAAAUU